ACACACACACACACACACACACACACACACACACACACACACACACACACACUCACAGACACUGUGUCCAGUGCAGGAUGUUGAGUGUGAGGUGGUGUAGAGACGCUCGAGCUGAGCGGCUGUUCCUGAUGUUUCCUGUUCUGAUGGCAGCGGCGGUGUGCGGACGGAUGCCGUGUGAGUUCCCACCUGCUCCACUGUAUUGUGGAGUCCUGGGACAACCGGCCUUCCUGCACGUCCUGAUUCACUCAGACACACACAGCUUCUGUCUGGAGAAGGACAACAAUGUUAUAUUACAGGGUAACAGAGAGGUUCAUUCACUGCGACACGUUUCCACACACGGUGUUGAGUUGCUCAGCAGCAUCACAGUGAAGAUCAGCCGCUGUGGGAAACAUCACUCAGGACAAUAUGGAUGGAAAACCUUCAGCUCUGAUGGAACACUGCAGUGUGACGUCACCUUCAGGCUCCAGAUACAUGAUCAUCAUGUCUGCAGCCAAUCUUUCUGUCAGCCGUCUGCUGAAACUCGACGUUCUUCCCUGGACACGAAUAGAAGCAGUGUGUCGUUAUUAACACCACAAUGUUCUUCUGCAAACACAGCACAGAGACAACAGAUCUGUGUGAACACUAAAGUGUUCCUGCUGCUGUGUGGAGCUCUGGUGGUGUUUCUCACACUCAUCACUGCACUGUUCUGCCUCACAAUAACACUGAAGAGAACAUCACCACGCUCUGAUACUCCAUCUGACUUAAUUCCUGGAGUCGAGGUUUUAUACGCUGAUGUGGACAUUAACAGGAAAGGAAAGAGAAAUAGGGAAGAAGGUGAAACUCCAGAGAGUGUGACUGUGAUUUACUCCGAAGUGGCACAGGAAAUGAACCCAGAGACAGGAAAUCAAACCUUCACCACAUACGGACUGAAAUAAAUGGGUCUUUAUUGGACGCUUCUGAUUUCCUGCGUAGAACCUAAAGGGGUUCCAAAAAAAUAAGCAUGCUUUAUCUGUCGUCUGCUUUUCCAUCUGUUUAAUGAAUUCAGCACAUUAAGAUUAACACACGUUACA